UCCAGCGUCCGGACCAUGGUCCACCGGACGUACUCGUCUCAGUCGUGAUCCUUUCGUGUCGAGGGGUACUUAAAACUCUGACGUGUUUCUGAAAACGUCUUUCCUUUGACCUCUAGUGAAUCGAGCUUUUUGAGCUUGGGAUUUAGGAGGAAGCUUUGACUCCACCUAUAAGUACGCUCGCCACCCUCUUUGUCGUCCGCUCUGUUACCCACUAACAACAGACUCACCCUGAACAAGCUUGGUUCCAGUAUGGCUCGCCGUCAUCGAGAUGCUUCGUCACGACAACCAACUGCACGAUUCGAUCCUUCCACCCAGGACAUCGCGGACACAUACGUCCCCAAACACCGCUCGGCGAAGGAUCAGACCAGUCAUGGCUAUAGCCCAGGACCACGGUGGUUUUCGAAUGAACGGACUUACGACGAUACCGUCAACACGGCCUCUAUGCCGCCGUACCUCCACCACGGCACUGACGUGACGGACAAACGCCCACCUACCGUAUACCCAAGCGAAGGCGGUACGACUGUAAGGCCUUCUUCGACUCUCGAUGACGCUGCCCAGAUCGACACUAUGCUCACGAUGCUCAAUGAUAUCAAGAGACAAGUUGAUUCCCCAAUCGACACGAUGACAGCAGAAAUCAACACGUUGAGACAAUCUCAAGAGGCACUUCGACAGCAACAAUUGAAAAUCCUUGAUCAAUUUACAGACGUUCAAAGGAAUCUCAAGAACUCGCUCAUCGCGAUGAGGGGAAAGGCAGACCCUAUCGGCUCGAGAAGCUGGUACCAAGGUUCCAGAUCCUCUGGCUCAAGCACUAGUUCCGGUGAUGAAAGUUGGCAUGAUGAUUACCCUGGGUAUAGGCCAACGGGGCAUCAUGUGAAUCCCUCCAUCCUCAUCACUGAGAGGACAACACCGGAAGAAACCAAGCCUCAAUGGACCAAGAUCAGUGUGCCUGCUGAAGGGAUGCAGGAACGUAUCAGUCUUGUUCGUGUGAACGACGGACCGUGGAAGGAACAACUCGAGAUAUGGGUCCGGUCCGACGAUCCCGAUAUUACCAUUACACUUCGACUUGAAGAUCCUUCUUCAGACGACCAAGAGCUUGGAGGCAGGACGAAAGCGUCUCGAAAGGAGGCUCAUUCGCCGUACCCUACCAGAAGCGUCCGCUUCUCCGGCAAUGUCAAACACCCGCAGUCGUCCCCAAGUGAAUGGUCAGAUGAACAAGAUGCAAAGACGUGCCGCGAUACCGCUUGUCGAACCCCCGGAUGUACCGGCCGCAACGACUCUACAGUGGACACCAGACUUAGGACCCCCGGUCGGUCUCGAAGCGGUAGUCCUGUAGAGUCGUCCCGUGCUCGCAACAGAAAGGCUCCUUAUGACGGACAGGACACCCCUCUUGGAAAAGGGCUGGCUGAUACCAAUUUGAGUGAUGUCACCAUUGAAGGCGGCACCAAACGCAAGCGACGUCCUUUGGUGAACCGACGGGACGUUGAAGCAAAGUACGACUCCUCAACGUUGCCUGAUACUCAAUCACCCUCGUACAUCUCACGAAUCAACAACACUGCCAUCAAGACGAGCGAUUCCGAGCCCCACAGGUCCACGAGACGACGACGUGGGAGAGAUAUAACGAUGUCGACACAGGCCUGCACGCUCCUCCACGAGCAACGAGCAAACCAGUCAUGCUGCCUCGACGCAUGGCCGCGACCAAGUGGCACACGACAAACGUCGUUGGGGGCGAAUGGAAACACCCGACAACAGGACAGAUGCACCCGAUGACAGGCAUGCCAGCCGCGCCUCGAAGCCUUACCAUCACAGCGGCCUCAACACCUCGAGCAGCACCCAUUCCUCCAGCAUCAUGCGAUCCGGUGGAUGGGGCAGCACGUCUAUGCCCCUCAGAAAUGACCCGCUCAAUGUGACUGCCUCGCUUGUUGGGGCGGCGUACUGAGUUCAUCCUGUAUACCUUUCCUCUUGAUAUGGAGCCACGUCACUUUGAGCGACCCAACUUGGAUUAUCCUGAACGCACGCGCAUGCAUACCCGUCCCAGAGCAG